CCAAAACGGGGGUCUAUGGGAAUCAACACCACUGAGCAGUGCUGGGUGGGGAGAUGCUUUUUUUUUCCUUAACAAAAUGAAGGAAAACAAGGGAAGAAAAGACUUAUCCCACAUCUAUCCACAUGGGACUGGAAACUGGACGAGACAGAGACAAGAGCCGGUGACCUCAUGCGCACUGCACACCUGAACUUUUCUGCAUGCGUGUCCUUCUCUCUCUGUCUCUCUCUCAUUAGAAAUAACACGCCUCUUGAGCAAAGGAUAUCAUCAAACUCUUCGCCUUUGUGAUCAUGGAGUGAAAGUGUGUUGUAGAUACGGCCCCAGGGGGGAAACUAAAUGUGUGACUGCAGAGAAGUGACGCCCUGCCUGCAUCCAGAUGUUUCAUGUUUCGCUUGCGCGCUCUUUGGGAAAGGUUCUACUCGCAGGGGAAACAGGGGGAUCUUGAACGUGCUGCCCGAGGUCCGUGUCACUAUAUUAGGGUUAAAAAGACGACGAGUGCAAUGCCGUUUGCGUCAAGUGUUUAGAUUUUAAGCCAAUCUUUCCACUGUUUUCCAUCUGGAGAAUGGAGACCGGCAAAUUUAGGACGCUCAUGCUGCUGGGGAUACAUUUGCUGUGGGUCUGCGCGCUGUCUGUGCAGGGGCACCCCGGUCCCAAUCAGGAGAAUGUGAUUGACCUAUUGGCAGCUCUAAACAUGUCCCACCAUGCAAGCGGCGUGGCCAGAAUGCAGAGUCCAGGCAGUGUGGUGUACAAAAUACGUCCCAGAGCGCCGUACCUGACUCUUCCUCGUGAAUAUUCCCACUUCUUGUCCUCCAACCUUCAGGGAGGCAUGGGGGUGCAUUUAAUGGGGCAUCAAGCAUCGGGCUCCAGUGCCACUCUUUUUUCUGUCUCCUCUGCGUCCUCAACCAUUCUCCAGAUCGUCUCCUCCACCCUCAAUAAAACUCUGCGUUUGGACUACCAGGCUGGAGGAGGAGCUCAGGGCCUUGCCAGCUUUCACUACCCCAGGAGAAACCCCUUCUCCAUGGAGGAGUGGACACAGUUGGCAGUCAGCCUGGAAACUGACAGGCUGGCAUUUUUUGUCGACUGUCAGGAAGCUGUGGUUUUAUUGUUAAGAAGUGAGGAGAGAAUCAACCUGGAACUGCCUCAAGAUGCUGUUGUCACUCUUGCCAGCACACCAGGGAAGAAAGACAGCAAAUAUAGUGGUUACUUGAGGAAGGCUGAGAUCUCAAUGAAAGCAUAUCUAAGGCGGCCCUGGCUGUGUGACAAUGUUACAGAUUCUCUGCCUCCGUCUCAGUCCGCAGAAGCCCAUAUCUCAGAUUCUCAGACUGACAGCAGUCGAAAGUUCCAGCAGGAUGCGUCCCCCAGUAAACCUCAGACAAGCCGCGGGGCAAAGGACCAAACCAGCCAUUAUCCCCAGGACGUCCAGAGUGACCAGCUGCAGAGAGGUGUGGUGCUGGGGCCUCCAGGAUCUCCUCAAGGGGUGAGGUCUGUUUCUCAGGCACAGCAGGAUGACAGGCUGAAGAAGCUGGAGAGGAGGGUGGAGGAGCUGGCUCACAUGCUGGAUAUGGUCAAAACUCAGAAUGCAGACCUGCAGUCACGCUUACAGUACCUGGAGGGAUGUGAGUGUGUGAGGCAGCGAUGCAUAUGGGAGGGGCGUGAAAUGGAGGAUGGUCAGCACUGGCAGGUUGACCUCAACACUGUGUGUACGUGUGCAUCUGGAAAGGUCACAUGCCAAGCUAACACCAAAGGGUGUGAACCGGAUGGCAAAGUUCAUAAUGUGUCCUACACUAUAGAUGGCUGUCAGACGUGUUCGUGUAAGGAAGGUAACAGGGACUGCAAUCCCCAACCCUGCCCUUCACCGGACUGCACACACAAGGACACUGUAUCUGGAGACUGCUGCCAGCAAUGCGGUAAGCAACGAGGCUGCGUACAUUCUGGUGUCCAGUAUGAUCACGGAGCCACCUGGAGGUUGGUGGAGAAUCCCUGUGAAGUCUGCUACUGUCUGGAGGGUCAAGUUCGCUGUGAGAGGGAGCAAUGUAACAUCCCGUGUAAAAACCCAGCUGCUCCUCCACCCAAGACAUGCUGUCCAGUCUGUCAAGGCUGUGGUGUAAAUGGUCAAGACUUUCCUAACGGAGCUCUGAUCCCCACUGGAGGCCGUUGCCAGGAGUGCUCGUGUGUGAAUGGAAAUAUGGUUUGUUCACCCCUUCCCUGUCCUGCCUUGAAUUGUCGAAACCCUGUGCAUCAUCCUGAAGACUGUUGCCCACGGUGUGAGCACUGUGAAUAUGAUUCUAAGGUGUAUGUGGAUGGACAGAAGUUCCCCUCCAGGAGAGACCCCUGCCUGCACUGCCGCUGCUCUGCAGGUGAAGUGUCUUGUGAGCGUAUGGAUUCAUCAUGUCCCGCAUUACACUGCAGCCAUCCAGCUAGGCGGAAAGGAGAGUGUUGUCCCACAUGCACUGAAUGUGAGUAUGACGGGAGGGUGUAUGCUGAUGGAAAAGCGUUUGCGCCUCCUGGAAGCGGACCCUGCCUGCAUUGCAGGUGUAAGGGUGGGAAUGUCAUUUGCCGUGAAGAGAAGUGCCCUCCUGUCCCAUGCUCCAACCCUAUUAUAGAUCCACAUCUGUGCUGUCCAAUCUGUAAAGCCUGUGUGUUGGAGGGGGUGGAAUAUGAAGAAGGCUCCAAAUGGCACCCUGAGGGUCCCUGUUCCAGCUGCACCUGUGUGAAUGGAGAGACGGUGUGUACACACACACAGUGUGGCCCCACUGAGUGCCUGCAUCCCACCAAGAUCACUGGCUCCUGUUGUGCAGUGUGUGAAAGUUGCACCUAUAACCAUCGUAUCUAUAGCAACGGCCAGAGGUUUACAACCCCUGACCACCCAUGCCACAUCUGCACCUGUCAGCAUGGCAGUGUACAGUGUGAGAGGAGACCUUGUCCUCCACUUAACUGCUCCAACCCAUACACACCAGCUGGAGAGUGCUGCCCUAAAUGUCCAGACUGCUCCUUUGAAAACCACGUAUUUGUGGAUGGAGAGGCUUUUCCUAACCCUGUGAGUGUGUGUGAGGAGUGUAGGUGUGUGAGCGGCCAGAUUGACUGCCACCAACCGCAAUGCCCUAAUCCUCGCUGUAACGCUCCUCUACCUGGAACAUGCUGUCAGAACAACUGCAACGGCUGCAGCUACGCUGGGAAGGAGUAUCCCAACGGAGAGGAGUUUCCUCAUCCUACUGACAGAUGCAGGACAUGCAGCUGCAUCAAUGGGAAUGUCCAGUGUCUGAUGAGGAGAUGUCCACUGCUGCCGUGUUCGAACCCAAAUGUGCUGCCUGGAGAAUGCUGCCCCCAGUGUCCUGCUCCUCCUUUGGACUGUGUGUACGAGCAACGAUCCUACAGACACACUGAGCGUUUCUACCACCCAGCUGACAGCUGUCGAUCAUGCACCUGCACCAAUGGGACUGUUCACUGUCAGCGCAAGCCCUGCACAUUCGCUCCAUGCUCUCACCCCAUCACACAGCAGUGUUGCCGGACCUGCGAAGGCUGCCUAUAUGAGGGCCGAGAGCGAUCUAAUGGGGAGACGUGGGAUGAUGCAUCAGACCCAUGUGCACAGUGUAUUUGCCGUGAGGGCUCUGUCCAGUGUGAGAGGAAGCGCUGUCCACUGGCCAACUGUAACCACCCAGUCCGGAGACAGUGCUGCAUGUCCUGUGAUAGCUGCAUGUUUCAUGGUAAAGAAUAUCCUGAUGGCACUGAGUUUGCUGAUGACAAAGACCCCUGUGGCGUGUGUUACUGUUACGGUGGGGAGGUCAUCUGCACCAAGAUACUGUGCAAUGGAGAAUGCAGCCACCCUUACAAACCACCUGGGCAAUGCUGUGGAGAAUGUGAACGCUGCUUCUAUAACAACGCAGUCCUCGCAAACGGACAGUCGAUCCCUGACCCAGGAAACCUCUGUGCUGAAUGCACCUGUCAGAGCGGUUCAGUGCGAUGUGUGAAGAAGACGUGUCCAGCAGCCUGCUGUACUCACCCGAUCACCGACCCGUGUGGCUGCCCUGUCUGUGAUGGUUGUCAGUUCCAAGGUGUGACUUAUGUUGACGGACAGAUCCUUCCAGGAGGAGAGGGCGGGUGCCAGGACUGCACGUGCUCAAAAGGUGAAGUGGUGUGUGCACAGAGAAGAUGCCCGGCGGUGUCAUGCCCACAACCAGGACUGGAUGGGUGUGCGUGCAGAGUGUGUGAUGGAUGCAACUUUAACGGACGAGACUGUUUCAACGGAGAGCGGUUCCCACACCCUACAGACCACUGUCAGCUCUGCUCCUGUCUGAAUGGCGCUGUGGUGUGUUCGCAUGUGUCUUGUCCAAGUGUUUCCUGUGCGCGUCCAGUGACUCCUCCUGGGGAGUGCUGCCCUGUCUGCACAGGGAUCUGUCUUCAUCAGGGGAGGGAGUAUCAGUCCGGCUCCACCUUCACUUCUCCCUCCGAUCCCUGCUCGUCAUGCUCCUGUCUGAAUGAGGUGGUGAACUGUCAGAGGAGACCGUGUCCAGUCCACUGCUCCCACCCAGUCCCUUCAGAUACCUGCUGUCCCGUCUGCGACUCUUGUCUGUAUGAGGGUGUGGUCCACUCUCACAGUCACACCUUCACACCCUCCUCCAACCCCUGCCAGCGCUGCACAUGUGUCAGAGGCACCGUCACCUGCGUGCCUCUGGUCUGCCCGCCAACACCCUGUCUCCAACCAGUUACCAGGCCAGGACAGUGCUGCCCUGAGUGCACAGCGUGUUCACUCGAUGGACAGGAGUUCAGUGACGGGCAGGCAUGGACUCUGCGUUCAAACCACUGUUCCACCUGCACUUGCCAGGCAGGUGAGGUGCAGUGUGCGUCUCCUGAGUGUCCCAAGCUGCCUUGUAUGCGCCAGGUGACUGAUCCAGGAGCCUGCUGUCCUCGCUGCAGAGGUUGUAUGUAUGGAGGAGAGGAGCAUGCUGAGGGCAGUAGCUGGUUCGCAGACUCCACUCCCUGUAUGACGUGCAUGUGUGUGGACGGGGUGACCACCUGCUCUGAAGUACGCUGUCUAUCUCCAUGCAUUAACUUCAUCAGCGUGCCUGGGGAGUGCUGCCCUGUCUGCGCUGACUGUGUAUUUGAGGGCCGAGUGUACAGUCCAGGUGAGAGUUUCCAUCCAGCAGAUGACCCCUGUCAGAUCUGCACUUGUGAGGUGAUGCCAGAUGGAGAGCAACACCUGAGGUGUUACCGAAAGCAGUGUCCCAGUCUGGUCGACUGUCCCAAGAACAACAUCUUGUUCUCCAGCCCAGACUCCUGCUGUCCUGUCUGCGCACAGCCUCUCAGUAACUGCACCUCUGCGCUGAUUGGCAACGAGGUCUUGGCGACAGAUGACCCUUGUUUUACCUGCCAGUGCAAGGACCUGACUUGGACCUGCUUACAUCAGAACUGCCCUCCACUCACUUGCCCUCUUCAUGAACAGUUCAAUUCUCCAGAGUCAUGCUGCCCCGUUUGUAAAUAUUGUGUGAUUGACGGCUCGAGCAGACGUGUGCCCAACGGCAGCAGCUGGACAGACAGCGAUGACGACUGCGUCACAUGUACCUGUAACUUGGGCUACAUCGAGUGCACCAUUGAAGAGUGUUUACCUGCAGUUUGUCUGGAUGCUCAGAGGCCAGUGAAGAUUCCAGGGAAAUGCUGCUAUGAGUGCCAAGACUCCGAGGCGUCGUGUUUGCACCAGGGAACAGUGUAUCACUCCAACGAGCAGUGGGAGGUGGAUGAGUGCACCAGCUGUACGUGUGUGUACGGAGACGUGCACUGUCAAAGUGAACGCUGCCCUCCUCUCACCUGUGCAACAGAUGAGAUGCCAGCCAUCGUCCCAGGUUUGUGUUGUCCUCACUGCCUGCCUCGUCCAGCCACCUGCAUUGCCUUCGGCGACCCUCAUUAUCGCACCUUCGACGGCCGCAUGCUGCACUUCCAGGGAGCCUGCACUUACAUCCUGGCACAGGACUGUGAGGGAGGAGACUUCAGCAUUCAUGCCACUAACGAUGAUCGUGGGCGUAAAGGAGUGUCCUGGACUAAAGAGGUGACCGUGUUUAUAGGAGACAUCACAGUGCAGCUGCUCCAGGACUGGGUCGUGAAGGUGAAUGAUGAGGUCGUGACGUUGCCGUUCCUCAGAGAACCGUACAUCUAUGUAGAACGACAAACCAACACCAUCUUACUCAACACUAACAUCGGGCUGAAGGUGCUGUGGAGUGGACGUUCACAUCUAGAAGUGAGUGUGCCAGGCUCCUAUAAGGACCACAUGUGUGGCCUCUGUGGAAACUUCAACAACUACUACCAGGAUGACCUCCGAAUGCCCAGUGGACGGAUCAGCCUGUCAGAGUCUGACUUUGGCAACAGCUGGAGGGUCACAAAUGGUAGCCACGCCCUUUCAUCCUGUCGCCCCGGCGAGAAUGUCAACCCCUGUAAAGACGCAGGUUACCAGGCUAAGAAGGGGGCCAACGCUCGCUGUAAGGUCCUGAAGUCGGCUGCAUUUAAGCCCUGCCAUCGGGUGGUGCCUCCUGAGCCGUGGUACGGAGCCUGUGUGUACGACCUCUGUGCCUGUGCGGCCAACACUGAUGAGUGUCUGUGUGACACUCUGGAGGCCUACGCAAGUCAGUGCAGAGAAGCCGGAGUCAUCCUGAAAUGGAGGAGCCCCUCACUGUGCGCUGUGGGCUGUCCAGUGGAGAGGGGCUUUGUGUUUGACGAGUGCGGGCCCCCGUGUCCCGUAACCUGCUUUAACGUUGACGUACCACUGGGGGUUAUAGAGAGCCACUGCUUCAAGCCCUGUGUCCCAGGCUGCCAGUGUCCUGCCGGUCUGGUUCUACACAACAACUACUGCAUACAGCCAGAAAAGUGCCCCAAGAUCAUUCAUGAAAAGUCCACAUAAGUCUCUGGACUGCUCACAUUUAAGUGGACACUUGCUUGUAUGCACAUGCACUGUCACCUCUGCCCAGCUGGCCACCAAGGUCUUUAGAUGUUGAAUGUAGGUUAUGACAUCCAGUGACCAAACAUCAAUGUCAGGACUAGUCUAAUGUCAACGUCAAAGUGACGUAGAAUAAAGACAACAGAUGACAUUGAUAUUUUCUUGGUUUUAAGUUGUGUUUAACCUAAAUCUAACGUCAUCUAAAAGUCUCAAACAUCAUCAACAGCAAAAUGUCAUUAUCUCAACCUCCUCACAAGAUGGAAUUGUAAUGUUAGAAAAUGUCAAGGUCCAGUGUGUAAGAUUUAGGGGGUUAUUGGCAUCUAUUGGUGAGGACUGCAGAUUGCAAACCAGCUGAAAC